GCAGAUUGCUAUUGGGCUAUCUUAUCAUUUGGGCCACACUCAACAACGUUACAGGAAACCCUAAUCUGGCUUAUAAACGACUUUUCCAAAAUCGAAGCAAUGGAAAGCAGGAACUGAACCAAUGGCAUCGUCUUCAAGUCCGGUGAUCGAGGCAGCGGCGCCGCCGUGGGAGAAAUUGCCGCCAGAAAUAACGGCGGCGAUUUUACAAAAGCUUGGGGCAGUGGAGAUACUGAUGACGGCCGUGAAAGUUUGCCCUACCUGGUGGCGCGUGUCCAAGGAGUACCCUUCUAUAUGGCGGUGUAUUGACAUGCAGGAUCGUCUCUCUAUGUAUGAAGACAUAGAUACUAUGUGCCGCCGUGCAGUGGAUCUCAGCCAAGGCCAAUUAAUUGAGUUCAAAAUUAACGGUUUCGGUACUGAUGAUUUGAUACUCUAUAUUUCCCAGAGGUCUAAUCAGCUUAAAAGUCUUCAACUAGUUAAUUGCUGUAGCAUAUCGUUUUCAUCUGUGGUUGAAGCAAUUACUAAUUUCCCUCUAUUGGAGGAGCUGCAUAUACAACAACUUGACUGUAGGAUCAGUGUGAAUGGUAUCGAAACUAUUGGCAUUUCGUGCCCUUUGUUGAAGUCGUUAAGCUUGUGUGAUCGAGAAAAGUAUUCGAUUAGCUUUAACAACCUAGGGCUUUACAAUGCUUCAAUGAUUGAGUGUGAUAAGAUUGCUGAAGCGAUUGCUGUUAACAUGCCUCGACUUUGUCAACUUCAUCUUAUCGGAAAUAAGUUAACAGAUGUGGGAUUGAAGGCCAUUCUUUGUGGUUGUCCGAAUCUCGUAUCACUCGAUCUACGAGGGUGUUUCAAUGUUUUUGAAUGUGCUGAUGUGGAACAGUUGUGUUUGGCAAGGAUUAAGGAUCUUAAGCUUCCCCAUGACUCUAUGGAUGGUUAUGAUUUCGGCUCUGAUGAUUCUUAUGAUUAUGAUUAUGAUUAUGAUUAUGAUUGUGAGUGUGAUGACGAUGGUUAUUAUUUACGUAGUGAUUAAUUGAGUCGACGAAUUGGGGAUUCUUUAUCCUUAUUGUUGGUGAAAAUGAUUUGAUACUCGUAUGUAAUCGCUUUCUUCUGGUUUGUCAAAUUUGUAUAAAGUUUAGACGAAAAUAAGUGUGUAUCUUUGGAUUAUUCGAAGCUUUACCAUCUCGUUCCCCGUAUUGA